AUUUGUUGAUUCUGUGUGGUGGUUUGAGAACGUGAACAUUGGGUUUUUGGAGUACUUGGAUUUUUUUUUUUGUUUUGUUUUUUUUGUUUUUUUUUGGCCAUGGAUCAAAGGUGGAAAAGGUUACCCUUGCUAGUAAUCAUUUUGUUAUUUUGGAGGAAUGCUGAUGGAUUUAAAGGUGGAGCAUAUUCUGGUACCCAUCAUGGGUGGGGUCAGCCUUCUGACACUUUCUCACCUCGUACAGUCCAGUCUUCUAUGUCAGAGGUCCAUGUGACUGGGAUUUUGCCUGUUGAAGAAGUGGGCUCCAGUUUGUUCCCUAACAAACCCCUGAAAAGCAAGUCCAAGUUGAAUCUACUUCAGUUUGUCAAAGGUGGUUCCAACAGCUAUCAGUCAACGUCCCAUGCCCAAACUACUCCAAGCAGCUCUGUCUCGGCUUCCUUGCCUCUGUCCCUGAGUCAACAGCCUUCAAAAAGUUUGGCAUCCUCUGGAUCAACCAUUCCAGGUGUUGCUGGUGGAUUAAGUUUGGAGACCCAAUAUGCUGGAAGUGGUUCUGGACAAGUUGUUUCCACCCUAGGAGAGCGUAGUAGCUUUCCUGCCAAGCUUGGUGUUUCUGGCCAAUCCACCAGUGAUACUUUGCAUGUGUCCAGCUCCCAGGAAACCUCUGUUAAACUGGCAGAAGCCUCUUUGCCUGUGUUCUCUAAGAAGGUCUCUGACAGCAGUUCAUCUGCUCCAGGUGCCACUUCCAGUUUUCUGAGUAGCCCUGCACUACUUUCAGAAAGCUUGGGUCAACCUGAAUCUUCUCAGGGUGAAGUUGGUUACAGUGGUUUGUCUCAAGGUGCCUCUAGUCAGUAUACCCCAGACUCCAAUACCAUGAUCGGUUCUCCCAUUUCUAGCCAGUCCAGUGGUGACCAGAGCUUUUUAGCUUCUGGUUUUUCUCUUCUAGAGGAAGUGGCAGGGCUUGGUCCUCUUGACUUGUCUACCAAAUCUUCAGAGAUGUCCAGUCAGUUUAAGCCCUUUGUGGUAUCUAGCCAGUCUACUAAUAGUCAAAGCUCCCCUAGUCUACAUAUGGUUAGCCCUCAGAGCAGUUACAAGUCAACAGAUGCUGCUACACCUCUGUACACUCAGGGCAGUGUCUCUUACAGUAGCUUAUCUAGCCAGGCUCAAGGCUCCGCCACUUCUCGGGGUAGCUCUGGGGCUGAAUUGUUUGCAAGUUCUGUCCAAUCUGUCCCCACGCGAGUAGGGAGUGGCAGUUACAGUGGUGUGUCCCAGUCUCUCAGUGCCUCUAGUCUGUAUACUCCAGGAUCCCUGAUGGCUAACAAGCUUGAUUCUUUACCCCUGGGGGUUUCUGGCCAGUCCACAAAUGUUCAGAGUUCACCUAAUGUGUCUACGUCAAGCACCCAGAGCAGGUCUGGCACUCAGUUGGCAACUUCCAGUCAUUUUAUCCCUGUGCAAGGAGGUAGUAGCUCUGUUAGGUUAUCGCUCAAACCUCAGGGCACUCUGGGUCCAUAUGCUCCCUCGUCCCCUACCAAAUAUGUAAGCGCUCCCAUGUCUGCACCCCAAGCUACCACAAAUAGCGGGUCUUCCUAUAGGGCAAUUUCACAGGUUGGUUCUCUGUCUCAAAUGGGAGCUUCCGGUCAGUUUGCAUCUCGGGGAGGGAACUAUUACAGGGGGUUGCUUCCACCGUCUCAAGCUACCUCUAGUCAAUAUGCUCUUGGCUACUCCAAGCCCAUUUCCUCGCCCCAAAGCACUUCCAGUCAGCCCACCAGUGCCUUGAGUUCCCGUAAACAAUAUAACUCUGCCUCCCAGGGCUCUGGGUCUCAGUUUGGGGCCUCUACUGGUUUUGCCUCGCAGGGAAUGAGCAGCUCUUACAGUGGUUCUGUCCAGUCUCAAGGUACCACUAGCCAGUUUGCCCCUGGGUCUCUAUCCUCAUAUCCAGGUUUAUCAUUGUCCUCACCCCAAGCUGGUCCAUUUACUGUUCAGGGUUCUCGGAAGCAGCUUACCUCUACCUACACAGGCAGCUCUGGCACCCAGGUGGGAUCCUCUACUCUCUUCACCCUGCAUGGAAGCACUGCUUAUGGUGGAUCACGUCAGCCUCAAGAUACGGCAAGUCCGUUUACCCCUAGCUCUCCAUAUGAAAGCGUAUACUGCAAAUGUGUGUUGUCACCCCAAGGUGUAGACCGUCACUCUACUAGUGUUCGGAGUUCACAAAAGCAGUUUACCUCUAGCUAUGGAGCCCAGUCAGGGUCUUCUACUCCCUUCACCCUGCAAGGAAGUAUCACUUUUGAUGGAUCACCACAGCCUCAAGGUACUGCAAGUCAAUUUGCACCCGUUUCUCCCUCAUAUCUAAGUGUAUUAUCCCCAUCCCAAGGUGUUGCCAGUCAGUCUACUAUUUGGGGCUCUCCAAAGCAGCUUACCUCUACCUUCGCAGGCAGCUCUGACACCCAGGCAGGGUCUUCUACUCCAUUUAUCCUGCAGGGAGGCACCGCUUAUGGUGGUUCAUCUCAACCUCAAGAUACCACAAGUCCGUCUGCCCCUGGAUCUUAUUCCUCCCAUGCAAGUGUAUCCCUGUCCUCACCCCAAGCUGGUCCAUCUACUAAUGUUCAGGCUUCUCGGAAGCGGUUUACCUCUGCCUACCAGGGCAGCUCUGGGGCUUCGUUUGGGGCCUCUACAGGUUUUGCCUCACAAGGAAUGAGCAGCUCUUACAGUGGUUCUGACCAGUCUCAAGGUACCACUAGCCAGUUUGCCCCUGGGUCGCCAUCGUCAUAUCUAGGUUUAUUAUUGUCCUCACCCCAUGCUGGUCCAUCUACUAAUGUUCCGGGUUCUCUGAAGCGGCUGGCUUCUACCUUCAUAGGCAGCUCUGGCACCCAGGCAGGGUCCUCUACUCCAUUUAUUCUGCAGGGAAGCACUGCUUAUGGUGGAUCACCUCAGCCUCAAGAUGCUGCAAGUCAGUCUGCCCCUGGGUCUCAGUCCUCUGCAAGUGUAUCACUGUCCUCACCCCAAGCUGGUCCAUCUACUACUGUUCAGGGUUCUCUGAAGCGGCUGGCUUCUAUCAUCGUAGAGUGA